AUGUCCGGGGCCUUGGGACACAGCUUGACCCCCAAAACUUUGCUCCAUGCUCGCUUCUCUGAGAGCCAAAGCCAGGUCCACGGUGGGAGCUCUGGGAGCCUUUCUUGUGGAUUUCCCUUGGCCUCGCAGGCCAAUCAGGCCCUGCAGAGUAAAUGGAAGCCGCUGACUUCGACGAAGUUCCUGGGUACGGGCCUUCACGUGAGUAAAAGGAAGACAUCUCGGAGGAGUCAACGGGGAGCGGCUGCUAUGAUUCCCCGCGCCGUCUUAGCCACAGAUAGCCCCGAGGUGCCUCCCAUUUCUUGAUGUGUCACUGUUCUAUUGAUGCUACCCAUUUUUAUGCCUCCAUUUCAGCGUGGAUUUUUUAGCUUUCACUCUCUGCAUGUCUUCUGGACGAGCAGCCAGGAGUGUUUUUUUUUAAUUUUAAAACCAGAUUUCUAUUUCGAGCUUGAAUUUUUUCGAGAAACGUUACCUUGAAGAGGAUUUUUUUUAAUAUUAGGCAGAGGAAAACGACUGCUGGGCAUUUAAAUAUUUAUACGUUGAAUUGUUUACUCCUACAAGUUAUUUCUAUUUUCGAGUGAUAUUAACUAAAUUUUUUGGUCUCAUUCAUGUUGUUCUGAACGAACAGCCAUGAGUUUUUUUUUUUUAAUCACAUUAAGAUUCAGCCUUGAAUGUUUUUAUUGUUGUUAGUGGAUGAAAAAAAAGAUACCGAGCAUUUGAUUAUUCAAGAACAGCCCACAUUCUCCUCUUUUUUACAUAAUUCUGAAGGAAAUUGCUUCUCAGAAUUACCCUUUAAUUCUAAGAUGCUGUGAUACUUCUGGAGCCUACUAAUCGCAAUGACAUGACACCCUUACCUCAGAUUCCUCAAAGUAUAUGUUGCUAUAUGCGCUAAUUAUUCUAUAAUUGGUCUGUUUGGAUCAGCUGGGAGAAAGAUUCGCUCUUGAUGGAAACACUGAACUUCAGGUACUACUUGCGCAUUGUGGGAUUAUAGCUAGGCUACAUCAGAGAGAACGCCAUUCAGCAACAUCCUUGUUCAUCUUGUGACUGAGCAGGUGACCGUCGGCAAGUCAGGUCCGGAUUCCCUUCUGCAAGUGAAUAUUCAGGUUGCAAACAGCAGUGGCUCUCUAGUUCUUCACUGGGGCGUGAUCAGGAAGGGAAAAGAGUGAGGACACUGUUCGUCUUUUUCCUGUUUUUUUUUAUUCAUUGCACUUUGGUUGACUUCGCUAAUGUGUUCUAUUUAUUUUUUAUUUAUUUUUCCAAGUAAAUGGACGCUUCCUUCUCGUCGCCCAAAUGGAACAAACGUCUACAAGGACAGGGCUCUUCGGACUCCCUUCACAAAGGUGUUUUCUUUAGCUCAAUUCUUUACUUAAUAUGGAAGCCCAAAUAGUUGACCAUUCAGAGAAAGAAAGAACUCUAUUUUCAUGGUUGACUGAGUUGAGAUCUUGUUCUUCUUUCUCUUAGACCGGCUCCAACGCCUCUCUGAAAUUAGAGAUCGACACUCCUGAUGCACAAGCUGUGGAGUUUCUUAUCCUUGAUGAAACACAGAAUAAAUGGUGAGUUUGAUCUGAUCGAAAUCUUCUUGGACUAUGAAUUAAUCGUACUGGGUGCCCUUAGAAGAUAAGAAUUUACGUCUAUUUUUUAUUUUUUUUUGUAGGUUCAAAAAAAAUGGGCAAAACUUCAGAAUCCGGCUUCCUCAAAUGGACGGCGCAAAAGAAAAUGUUUCCUAUGAUGUGGGGCCAUCAGUUUCUAUCCCAGAGGAUCUUGUGCAGAUCUACGCAUAUAUCAGGUGGGAAAGGAAGGGAAAACAACAAUAUUCUCCUUCUCAGGAGAAGGUGAGCACUUAUGCUUCCUCUGUGGCCGCCACAAAAACAGCCUUUUUCAGUCAUUGGAAACCAUUUUGAACGCUUUUUUCAGGUUUUUGUUUUUCAGAAAUGAUGGUUCUAAACCUCAUAAAAAUGAAGUUUUUAACCACUUUAGAGGUUAAUCUAAUUUUUUUGAUAUGUGAGAUUUAUUUGUUGAUCCUCAGGAUGUUCCCUCUGUUCGUUAACGUUCAUAAAACCGAAUACCCUUUACAUUUUGUUCUUGGGAUCUUUAUAUCUGAUCUUUCUAUCUUAAUCAGAAUAUUUUCUUUCUUUCUGAUGGGAAGGACUUGUUGUGUAUCAUUAUAUUCCUUCGUUGUUGAUAUUUAUAAUGUUCCUUUAAUCUCAUUAAUUAUAAAAAAUGAAGGGGAAAAUGCGUUUCAAUUUUACUUCUAAAUAUCCUAGGAAACUCAGAGUUGAUUUUGGUGUAUGCAGGAGGAAUACGAAGCGGCUCGUGCUGAGUUGAUUCAGGAAAUCGCUAGGGGCGCUACAGUAGAGAAACUCAGAGAAAAAUUGACAAAGAAUACAGAGGAGGCCGGCGAAAACAUUGUUCUUGAACAGAAAAUACCGAAUGAGCUUGUGCAAGUGCAAGCAUACAUUAGAUGGGAGAAAGCCGGGAAACCCAAUUACUCCAAGGAAAAGCAGCUUGUAAGAGCAUCGACCCUUUGCUCGAAUCAUGGAAAUUUUGACUCUUUUGAUAAUAUUUUGAAUUCGUCAUAUAAUUUUAAUUCUGGGAUCAGAUGGAGUUCGAGGAAGCUAGAACGGAGCUCGAGAGCGAGUUGGACAAGGGUGUGUCCCUUGAGGAGUUAGAGAAGAAGAUCAUGAAGGGAAAUAUCCAAAGCAAAGUCGCGAAGCAGCUCAAAACAAAGAAAUAUUUCAGCGUUGAAAGAAUUCAGCGCAAGAAGAGGGACCUCAUGCAGCUUAUCAGCAAAUACACACCUGAAGCUCCGAAGGAAAGAACUCCUCAGAAAUCUAGAGACCCAACCACCUUAGAAGUCUUCGCGACUUCCAAAGAAGUGGAAGAUGGCGGUCACGUUCUAUACAAGAAGACUUUUAAGAUAGAUAACAAGGAGCUUUUGGUGAGCUAUGCUUUCAGUCCUUAUUAAUUUUUAAUAAUUUUCUUCCUUCUCCUAUAAAUUUUAAUUAACUUCUUCCGGUUCUUUAAGGUGCUUGUUACCAAGCCUCUUGGGAAUACAAAGGUUUAUCUUGCUACAGAUCGUGAAGGGCCACUUGUUCUUCACUGGGGUCUUUCAAAGCACGCUGGACAGUGGACGGUGAAUUCUCCAUGGAUUUUCAUUUUUUCCAUUAUUUUCAAUAAGUUUUAUUAUCCCUAUUUGGCUAAAAUGCUAGAGAUUAUCCGAUCGUUCUGCAGUUGCCCCCUUCGACUGUACUUCCUUCCGGUUCUGUUAUCAGCGGCGAUUCUUGUGAGACACCAUUUGUCAAGAGCUCCUCAUCGGAGCUGUUUUACCAGGUGAAUUCAAGUUUACUGGGUAGUCUGUUUGAGCUGAAAAUCGGGCAAUUACGUGGAAGAUGAAUUCAUUUAUAAAGCAUAGAUAUCUUUUAAAAAAAUCAAUGAACUUGUGUUCAUGUUAUGUUCUUGGGUGCAGGCUGUUGAGAUUGAGAUCGAUGGAGAUGACUAUGUUGGGGUGCCGUUCGUUCUUGUCUCUGAUGGGUACUGGAUAAAGAACAAUGACUCCAAUUUUUAUGUUGAUUUCCGUGGUGGAUCAUUGAAGCCGAAGAAGGUGCCCAAGACUGUGACCUUAGAAUUCACAUCAUAAUCUUUUUUAAAAUAAUUCUCCUCAUGAUAUGAAGCUCUCCCUAAGUUUCAUUCUUUAAUGUCUGAAGGAAGCUGGUGAUGGAAAGGGCACUGCAAAGGAUUUCCUGGAAAAGAUAGCGGAGCUGGAGAGUGAAGCACAGAGAUCUCUCAUGCACAGGUCCGAUUUCUGCAGUCCUUCUAGAUAUCUCCGACAUGCAGAUGCUCAUGAGAACGAUGAACUUUAGAGUUUUAUAGAAUGUGUUUCUUGGAAUCUUCGUCUGGGUUUCUCUCAUGUGGGCUAAAGAUUGCGUCUUUACGAUGUUUAUAUCAGAAGGUUCCUUCUUUGCUUGAAAAAGUUCUGUGCUCAGUGGCAAGAACCAUGCUUUCCUUGGACAGUUUUUACAUCGAGCACACCAUUUAGUCAACUUGUUUGAUGUGGGUGGGUUGACAAAUGGACCCAGUCAAUGCUACUGGGUCAUGGCCUACGGCCAUUAACAGUCACGUCUCUAUUACUAGAUUUUAUGCGUGGGAAAGUCUGCGGUCGGUUACAUGGUUGACUCAUUGCCGGUUUAGUGGAGGUUUUCCAAAUAUCUUCUGUUCUUUCAUAAUAAUGCUUCACGCACAUGUUUGCACUCUUCCGAUUACAUGCUUUGUAUGUUGGCAGAUUUAAUAUCGCAGCUGAUCUGGUGGAAUCGUUGGGAGAUCCUGGGGAAUUGGAUCUUGCAGGAAUUCUUGUGUGGAUGAGGUUCAUGGCUACAAGACAGCUUACGUGGAAUAAGAAUUACAAUGUGAAACCACGGUAUUUAUUUCCUUACAUAGAAAUUUAGUUAUUUUUUUAAUAAAUCAGCAAGUUUAUUAUCAUAAUUUCCUGUCGGUGAAUGUGCAUCACAUUGUUUCUGCUUUCAUCAACCCACUACAUUGAUUUAUUUAUUUAUUUAUUUAUUUUGUGGUUAGAUUGUACACAGAUAAUUAAGCAUAUAAAAUCAGUUUCUUCUUUUUUUGGCAAUCGUCUUAUGGUCAAUUUCAUGCUCACAUUUUUGCCCUUGAUAUCCUUGAACAGAUUAACUUAAUAAUUCAGUUUACCUCAUGUACGGUGGCAGAAUCUUCUCUCUUUCUAGCUUGAUACCUUCUUCUGCAUCCUUUCAAGUGGAAAAAAAUUGAAGAUAUUUUAAAACAUCAAAACGAAGAGCACAACACCAGUCUCUCAUCUUCACCUUGAUGUUUGAACUAGAUUAUUGUUAACAUGAUACUCUGUUCUCAUUUCCACUGGGAGCCUUGCGAUUAUAAUUGACAAGAAGAAGAUACUCUGUUCCUCCAGACAGUGAAGCCUUAAUUUUCUGAAAUAAUUUGGAAAAUAGCUUCUUGUCUGAGACUUGGUAGAGGGACGACCUUGAGGUCAGCUUCCACAUUGUUCUUUGAUAAUUUAGGAGAUUAUUAUGAUUAUAAUCCACUUGGAUUGCACAAGCAUCAAGUUCUUGCUGAUGCAUGUUGACUCUAUCUAUGCUUGGUUCAUCUCCUUUGCACUGGGGGAACAAUCGUGUUUUGGUAUUGGUAUUUGGUUAUGCCCAAGAAAAAUAUGUCGGCUAAUGUGCAAAGUAGGUUGAAGAACUAAGAUUUUGUAUCUUUAAAUCUUAUUAUUCCGCAGGCCCUUGAAGCAGUUUUGAUAUAAAUUAAUAAAUUAACUGGUAGUAAAUAUGUUCAAUUUUGAUGUGGACCUUCAAUGCUUUGGGCCGUGAAAAACGUUUCAAAAAGGAUGUGUGUGCAUAUUAUCGAGUGAGAUAUUUAGUCCUUUGAAAUGCAUACGAUAGAUAUCAUCAUGAAUAUGCAUUCAUGUGGGAGUGAAAUGAUCUGAAGAAAACUCUCAACUAAUGUUUAGUAGUGUAGAAAACAUAGAGAUAGAGAGGGAUAAUACUCUUGUUCUGAUAGAGCAGAGAGAAACAGAGGGAGAGAGAGAGAGGAAUCCUCUGUCCCAUAGGAUAGAGAGCAAGAGAAGCAGAAAUACACCAAAGUCUUUUUCUCACCCCCCCUAAGUCAAUUAAAUAAGGACAAACUCUAACAAUACUUCUUUCCCAAAAUACACUUUAACCUUCUAACAAGUAGUAAACUGGUUCUCAGGGAUAAACAUAUAUCAGCCUUUCUUUAAUCCGGUUAGCUUGAGAAGUGGCGAAAAUUGCCACCCUAAGCUGCUCAAUACUUGUUUAAGAUCAAAAUUAUUCACAUGAUCUGGGAUAAAAAGUGAUAUUAUGAUGCUUAAAUGGUAAAUGGUAAAUGACUUCUCUUCUCAUGGGAACUUAAUAUUUUCAAUUUCAGUGAGAUUAGUAGAGCCCAGGACAGGCUUACAAACUUCCUUCAAGGUAUGUACAAAGCUCACCCUCAAUACGGAGAGCUACUGCGGAUGAUUUUGUCCACUGUCGGCCGAGGUGGAGAAGGAGAUGUUGGGCAGCGCAUCAGAGAUGAAAUACUAGUCAUUCAGGUGUGUGCCGUGGUGGAUUAGUUUGAGAUAAAACGUUGACUUUUUUCCUUUUUUUUUUUGAGAGGGCAGUGAUGAAUGGUCAUUGGAGAUCAUUUUUUAUUGAUUAUUGUUGCUUUUCUGGCAGAGAAACAACGACUGCAAGGGUGGGAUGAUGGAGGAGUGGCAUCAGAAACUACAUAAUAACACGAGCCCAGACGACGUUGUCAUCUGUCAGGUAAUCGAGAUUCAGCAUUCGAGGGGGUGGGGGUCAUGGCGAGCAUGUUUGAUAGCACAGCACAUCAUUUUUCUCUCCAAAUCAUCCUCCUUGUAGGCUCUCAUUGAUUAUAUCAAAAGCGACUUCGACAUCAGUGUGUACUGGAACACAUUGGAGUCUAAUGGCAUCAACAAGGAACGCUUGCUGAGCUAUGACAGAGCCAUCCACUCCGAGCCAAGAUUCAGGCACGAUCAGAAGGAGGGCCUUCUGCGUGAUCUAGGACACUACAUGAGAACCUUGAAGGUAUGGCAAUCGAAGGAGGAGAUAUAUAAUACUUUUGGCUGCAGAUCUAACCCAUGCUGACCAAAUUUUUUUCAACGGCAGGCAGUUCAUUCAGGGGCGGAUCUUGAGUCCUCCAUUGCAACUUGCAUGGGCUACAGAGCCGAGGUGUUGACUUUUUUAGACCCUCUGGAAAAAUAUAUAUAAUUUUUUAAAUUGACUACUGAUUUCUGGGUUUGAUCCAGGGUCAAGGUUUCAUGGUCGGGGUCCAAGUCAAUCCGGUUGGAGGCUUGCCAUCAGGAUUUUCAGUAACUAUAUUAUCCUUGAGAAGCUUGACAGAAAUUUUCAGAAAUUUCUAAAAUUGGUAUCAUUAUAUAAAAAUAUUGAACUGUUUUGAUAGGAUAUCCUUCGAUUCAUAAUGGAGCAUGUUGAGGAUAGGGAUGCGGAACCUUUACUCGAGGUGGGUGUGGUCAUGAUUGUUCAUGGGUAUGGCUUUUAUGGCCACUUUAUCCUAAGUCUUGAUGAUGCAGGGUUUGCUGGAGGCGAGAGCGGAGCUCCGGCCGCUUCUUCUCAAGUCCAACGACCGAUUGAAGGAUCUUCUGUUCUUGGACCUUGCCCUGGACUCUACGGUGAGGACGGCCAUUGAGAGGGGAUAUGAGGAGCUGAAUAAUGCUAAAACCGAGGUAUUUAAUUGAAGUGAUUUGUCUCUCGUCAUGGGGUGUUCGAUUGAUUGAAAGAUUCGAGGAAUUGAGCCCAGUUCGUCCAUUUAUGUCGCAGAAAAUCAUGUACUACAUCACAUUAGCCGUGGAAAAUCUUGCCCUCUCAUCGGACGAAAACGAGGAUCUCAUUUACUGCUUGAAGGUAAUACCUAUGCCCCAUGACAUGGAUACUUGUAACUAGCUAACAGGGAAAAUAGGCCACAUAGGAUGCAUGAUCUCAUAUUCGGCACACACACUUACACACAUACAUAUCUAGAGAGAGAGAGAGAAAGGAUCAUUGUAUGUGGCAUCAUUCUUGGAUAUUUACUAUACCUCUUGAUUCUCAGUUUCUAUAAAGGAUUUGAACUUCCAUCUGAUUGAUUCUGGCCAUUUCUUAAUAUUCCUUUGUUUAGAACACUGCUGCAUUUUUCAUUUGAUGGGUCUGUAAGAAAAUGUUGUAAUGGCGAACAUACACAUUGGUGUUCAUCUUAUAAUGCAUGUUUUUGGCCGAAUAAAAUCUCUGGUCAGAUGAAAUUAACCUGAUGACGGCUAUUUUUCUUUGUAAUGACAGAAACUCUCUCUAGUUUCUCUUGAGAUGAUCCCUCUAAUUUUGGUAUGCUUUUAUCAAUGCCUGUUCUAACAUUCUUGAUGUAAUUCAAGGGAUGGAAUCAUGCACUGGAGAUGGCCAAAAACAACAAUGAUGGAUGGGCAUUAUAUGCGAAAUCAUUUCUCGACAGGACACGACUUGCUCUAUCGAACAAGGCCGAGCACUACCAGCAUCUUCUACAACCUUCUGCAGAGUACCUCGGUUCCCUGCUCGGCGUCGAGGAGUGGGCAGUAUGCUCUUUAUAUCUUAAUUAUUCUCAUGAUUAGGCUCAUACCUGUCAUGGAGCUUGCAGUCACAUGGUUGUCCGCAUCGCAGGUGAAUAUAUUCACUGAAGAAAUUAUUCGCGCUGGGUCGGCCGCUUCGUUGUCCACGCUGCUAAACCGGCUUGACCCUGUUCUUCGGAAAGUGGCUAACCUGGGCAGGUUUAUAAAAACAUCCUUCUCAAGCUCAUUCAUCAUUUGCUAGUUCAUGAAAGAGGGCGAUGGCACUAACCUGCUCAUUCAUCAUCUGGCUGCCGCAGCUGGCAGGUCAUAAGCCCUGUUGAGGUCACCGGAUAUGUUGCUGUUGUGAAUGAGCUUCUGACAGUCCAGAAUAAAACUUACGAUCGACCCACUAUCCUGGUGGCAAAGAGCGUGAAGGGCGAGGAGGAAAUCCCGGAUGGAGCUGUAGCAGUGUUGACGCCCGACAUGCCAGAUGUUCUCUCCCACGUUUCUGUGCGAGCAAGAAACAGCAAGGUGGAGCCUCUUUUUCCUGCAACCAGAGAAUUCUUGAGCCUUCUUCAUUGCAUGCUAUGAAUAUAUGAGGAAUAGUUAGUUUUCGGGUUAAGUACCAGUCAGAAACUUUUGAAUGCGAUUUUAUUUUCUCGGGCAGGUUUGUUUUGCUACAUGCUUUGACCCCAAUAUCCUGAGCGAUCUCCAACAGAAAGAAGGGAAAUUACUCCAGCUGAAGCCAACAUCUGCUGAUGUUGUUUACAGGCAAGUGUGCUUGUCUUCUCCGGAGGUGGCCUUUUUCUGGGAAAGUAAUGCAUGUCUCGAUGUCUCAUUGUCUUCUCUCUGAUAACUGUGUUUUGUUUUAUUUUGUUGGUUCUAGCGAAAUAAAUGAGAGUGAACUCUUCGGGAGAAGCUCACAAAAUCUGAAGGAAGACCAAUCUUCUGUGUCCAUAUCCCUGGCCAAGAAACAGUUCAGUGGCAAAUACGCCAUAUCGGCUCAGGAGUUCAACAGUGACAUGGUUGGCCUCAUAAACUAUUAUCUUCAUCACAUAUCAUGUUAUCUCUCAGUUCUUUGACUAGACUUGGAUCAUUUUGUUUCUGCCAGGUUGGAGCUAAAUCUCGCAACAUCUCAUAUUUAAGAGGAAAGGUGCCAGAUUGGGUGGGAAUUCCGACCUCAGUUGCCCUUCCUUUUGGGGUCUUUGAAAAGGUCCUAGAAGACAAAUCCAAUAAGGUCAGACUCGGUUUAUUGGGCUUCCUUUGAUCUGACACUUUCCUAAUAUUCUUCUCUGGGGGCAAGAAAUAUUUACCCUAAACCGUUUAGCAUACAAGCUGUUCCUUUUGGGAGAUCAUCAUAAACAUCGUUGAUAUUAAGGAUGCAAAGGAAUUAAAGAUAUAUGAUCAGGAUCAUGCCUAGGAUGGUGCCAACCAGUUAGCUAAUUUCAGGUGGUCUCUAAAACUGGCUCUGACCCUGCUGUGCUCUCUGAGGUGACCAUAUUGAAGAUCAUGUGCCAAAUCAUCCAAGUAUUCUAGCAAACUAUGAUCCUUACACUGUUUUCAGUGCAUUGGGUGGGUAUCUGGUAGACAAAAGAGUCUAAGAAUUUGGCAGCAGCACUAAAACAGGAAUAAUGUAAUUCUCCUUUUCCCAUUUUUGUGUAGUUUAACAUUGAAUAAAUGCAAUAUUUUUCUUUGGUGAUCACAUAAAUACUAUAAAAUACCCUAGAUAGACCCGAUGUUUUUCUACCUCUUACCUGAAGGAGUUAGUACAGAAACACCCUAGAAAUAUAGAUUUGUUCCCCUUAUUUUAUGAUGGUAAGACAUGCGUCAAGUUUAGGAAUGGCAUCAUCUCUCUCUCUCUCUCUCUCUCAAUGAUAAUAGAAGAAUAGUUAGUGUCAUUCAUAAGACCAAGGUUCAACUAUUGAGAUGCCAUAUUGCCUGUCAACGUGCAAAGAAUCCGAUUUUUUUAGUUUUUUUUCCCUUCUAAUGCUUACCUGGUCUCAUACAAAAAUUAUGGCCUAUGUAUUUUCAGUCCCAUGAUAUAUUCCUUGGAUCAAUAUCUUGCUGCACAUAGCAACUCACCUUUCCAUCAUUGACCUCCAUCUUCUACAGGCAGUGGCAGAUGAACUGCAGAUCUUGAAGGCAAAGCUAGAUGAAGGAGACUUCAGCAAGCUGGGAGAGAUUCGCAAGACGGUUCUGCAGCUAGCCGCUCCACCUCAGCUGGUAAAGUUCUUCAGCAGCCAGAAAAAAAACACAUCCUUUAAAUAAUACCAUGAUAAAUAAAUGAAUCAAUGAUUUAAGACUAGUAUAGAACUAUGCUAAUCAAAUUUCCGGCACAUCCAGCAUAUGCUUAUUAGUGCCUAAACUAUCCUUUCGACCUGCGUGUUGAUGUGAUGAUUCACCUACGUUUUCCUGAAAUAUUUUCUCUUCUACUGCUGUUGGGCUCGAUAUCUGAUGAUGCAUGGUGAGCAACGGCUGGUUUCAGGUUGAAGAGCUCAAGCAGAAGAUGGUCGAGUCGGGGAUGCCUUGGCCUGGUAACGAAGGUGAUCGGAGAUGGCAGCAGGCAUGGUUGGCCAUAAAGAAGGUGAGACUUCUCUUCAGUAAAUUGACAUCAAAACAAAUUGGGAAGCUCUCUUCCAAUGGAGACCACUACACGUCCUCCAGGUCUGGGCGUCAAAGUGGAACGAGAGGGCGUACUUCAGCACGCGGAAGGUGAAGCUCGACCAUGACUAUCUAUGCAUGGCUGUCCUUGUUCAAGAAGUCGUGAGCGCAGACUACGCAUUCGUCAUCCACACUACAAACCCAUCUUCCGGGGACGCAUCAGAGAUCUAUACGGAGGUAUCUCUGUUUAUCACGGCGCCAAAUGAUCCAUUUUUUCCUCGAGAGAACGGGGUGUUUCUGAUUUGCUUCAGCUUCCUCUCUGGUGUAGGUUGUCAAAGGGCUUGGCGAAACCCUUGUUGGGGCUUACCCAGGCCGGGCCUUGAGUUACAUCUGCAAAAAAGAUGAUCUUGGCUCUCCUAAGGUGCGUAAUGCUAUGAUUAUUUAUUUAUUUAUUUAUUAUUAUAUGCUUCCUCUUUUUUUUUUCCCGGAAUUCGAUUUCGAAUGGUUUGAGCUCACAAUUUUUUAUUUUAUGUUGUUUAAUUUUAUUUCCAGGUGCUAGGGUACCCAAGCAAACCAAUUGGUCUAUUCAUUCGACGAUCUAUUAUCUUCAGAUCCGACUCUAAUGGUGAAGACUUGGAGGGUUAUGCAGGCGCAGGUCUCUACGACAGGUCAGUCUAAUCCUCGAUGCUAUGAAGAAAUUUCCUGAACUAUCGCGCGACUUUUAUUUCUGAUUAAUAAAUUCUGAAUUAUUUUGCCAUUUCCAUGCCAAAACCCAAAACACCAGUGAUGAACACACUUGGUUCACUCCAUCGCCGAUCGCACGAUCGGUUCCAAGUUUCCAGAACCCUAGGCCCUAACCUGUAGCAUCAGUUCUCUGUUUUCCGGAAACGGCCAGCAACGAACCCUAGUUUCUACGUCCUCCUGAACCCUAGAUUUACCGAACCCUAAGCUCUGAGAAUGGCGAACUCACCUGAUUGACUCCGUCGCGGUCGCAGCGUGCCGAUGGACGAAGCCGAGAAGGUCGUUCUCGACUACGCCUCCGAUCCGCUGAUCGUGGACGCCGGUUUCCGCAAGUCGAUCCUCUCCAACAUCGCGCGCGCUGGGAGCGCGAUCGAGGAGCUCUACGGCUCCCCGCAGGACAUCGAAGGCGUGGUGAAGGACGGGAAGAUCUUCGUCGUCCAGACGCGCCCCCAGAUGUGA